GAAGAAGAGACUGGGACUACAGAAAGAAAACAGUAGAAGAGAGACAGCAACAGGAAGCAUGUGUGGACCCAAGAUACUGGAUGGCGCCCAGUUUGGAAAGAUUCUGAUGAAAUUGGGACUAGGACUACUUGUAGUUGGGCACCUCAAUUUUAUAGUGGGGGCUAUUGUGCAUGGCUUGGUGCUGAGACAUGUGGUUCAGUUGCAGGACACUGUCUCACUGCAAUAUUCUGUAACCAACAUCCUUGCUGUGGCAUCUUCAGUUCUGAGCAUAUCCUGUGGAAUAGUGGCCAUUGUCCUCUCACGCUACCUUGCACACAUUUCUUUGCGUUGGGCAGCAGUGAUUCUAAGUAUAAUUAAUGUGGUGCUCUCUGCUGCCUGCACUGUAGGCCUUGCUGUAUCAGUCAUAAUCACUGUGGCCAAUGGAGGUCGCACAUUACUGUCCUCAUGUACGUUCAGCAAUCUGCAGACUAUACAGAUCUCCUAUGAGUGUCCUUUUGAUCCUACACGAAUCUAUAGCACCACACUAUGUCUCUGGGUGAUUUCAGUAUUACUGGAUGCUGCAGAGGUUGUAUUCAGCGCACGCUGCUAUUUUACUGUAAUCCAGCUGAUGAAUGUCCGCCUGUGCCACAAGAGGAGAAGGAAAGUCAGAAUACAAUUUCCUCGAGAAGAAGAAUGUUUGAAUGCAGAACAAGAAGACCUAAAUGGAAAUGGCAGCCAAAGUGAGUGGCUUUGA